AAACACCCUUUCGAGCCUGUCAGCGGUGUGUCGCCUGCCGUGCUGCCUCUUCCUCUGGCCUGACAACUGGAACCAUGCUGUCCUUCACUCUGAGACAACUCACACGGCCACUCUGCCAGCGGGCCCCUAUUUGUCUCAGCAUACGUGGCCAGCAGUCCCACGCUGCCACCCGUACAGUGGAUGAAGAUCGUCCGUGGACGGGUCAGGAGAGUCUAGCUCAGGAUGACCCAGAGAUGUGGGAUCUGCUGCAGAAAGAAAAAGACAGGCAGUGUCGUGGUUUGGAGCUCAUUGCAUCUGAGAAUUUCUGCAGCCGAGCAGCUCUGGAAGCUCAGGGCUCCUGUCUGAACAACAAAUACUCUGAAGGCUACCCAGGGAGAAGGUACUAUGGAGGGGCAGAAGUGGUUGACCAAAUUGAGCUACUGUGUCAGAAACGAGCUCUAGAGGCCUUUGACCUGGACCCAGCUCAGUGGGGUGUCAACGUCCAGCCUUACUCUGGUUCUCCUGCUAACUUUGCUGUCUACACCGCCGUGCUAAACCCCCAUGACCGUAUCAUGGGCCUGGACCUGCCCGAUGGAGGACAUCUGACCCAUGGCUACAUGUCUGAUGUGAAGAGAAUCUCAGCAACGUCAAUCUAUUUUGAAUCCAUGCCCUACAAACUAAACACUGCAACAGGACUCAUAGACUACGACCAGAUGGAGUUGACGGCCAAGCUGUUCCGGCCCAAGCUCAUCAUCGCUGGCACCAGUGCCUAUGCCCGCCUCAUUGACUAUGCCCGCAUUAAGAAGCUCUGCACCAACAUUAAUGCCUACAUGCUUGCUGACAUGGCUCACAUAAGUGGCCUGGUGGCAGCCAAAGCCAUCCCCUCCCCCUUUGAACAUUCUGACCUGGUCACCUCCACCACACACAAGUCUCUCCGAGGAGCCAGGGCUGGCCUCAUCUUCUAUCGUAAGGGUGUUCGCUCAGUGGACAAGAAGGGAAAGGAAAUCAUGUACGACCUUGAGGACAAGGUCAACUUCUCUGUCUUUCCCUCCCUGCAGGGUGGGCCUCAUAACCAUGCUAUUGCUGGAGUAGCUGUGGCACUCAGACAGGCACAGUCUCCCAUGUUUAAGGAGUACAUUGCCCAGGUCCUAAAGAACUCCAAAUCUAUGGCUGCAGCUCUUCUAAGCAAAGGCUACACCCUGGUAUCAGGUGGGACCGACAACCACCUGGUCCUGGUGGAUCUGCGGCCUAAGGGCAUUGACGGGGCUCGGGCUGAGAGGGUGCUGGAGCUCGUGUCAAUCACUGCAAAUAAGAACACCUGCCCCGGGGACAAGAGCGCCCUGACUCCUGGUGGCCUCAGGCUAGGUGCUCCAGCUCUGACCUCCAGACAGUUCAAAGAGGCCGACUUUGUGCAAGUUGUCGAGUUCAUGGAUGAAGGUUUCAAGAUUGCACUGGAUGUGAAGAAAAAGACAGGAAAGCUCCAGGACUUCAAGAACUUUGUUCUUCAGGACCCAGAAACUGUGGCUCGCAUCGCAGACCUGCGCCACCGUGUUGAAGCUUUUGCCAGGCCCUUUCCCAUGCCAGGUUUCCACGACCAUUAGGCUGGCCAAUGUGGAGUCACUGGUCCAUGACAGCCAGAUGGCAGAAACCUGGUUGGGCAGAAGUGUGCAAGGAGAAAAUGGAAAAAUGUCAUGUAGUGAAAUGUGCUUGUGCCUGUGAAUUUGGAUGACUUCAGUUCACUUUUUUCCAAUCAGAUCUGGGGAACCAUUUUUUAUACUUCUUCGCAGUUAUCCAUCAAUCUUUUCUUCUGAAAACAUGGCCUCCAUGUUGAGGCAAAAGAAACAAUGAAAUAUGACAGAUUUUGUAGAGCAAAAGAAGCUAUUUUCUAUUGUAUGUGUGAAGAUCUUUCUCAGCUGUCUUCACACUGUUUAAUGCAAGUGUGUGGGAGGAAAAAAAACAUGUCAAAUGAAACAAAGACCAACGCUUGGUAUCACAGUCUCUGUGACUUGAUAAGUAUAUUAUUAGUUAUUAUAACAAGAUACAAUGAGAGUCUUAAUUCUGUAAAGAGUCUUAACUAAUGUCACUAUUGUGUUUUGGUAUGUUCAUGAGGAGAUCUUUGCAUGACAGCUUUGUACAGUCUUUUUCUGUUUUAGAAACCAGGUACACAAACUAGUAUUAUGAGGCGAAGGGGUGUUUUGUCAAGCAGUGAUGUGUUGGCUGCCUUUUUGUAGGAGGAUGUUUUGUUGAACAUUCUAAAUUAACAAAGUAUCAAAAUGUCAUUUUUGAAAUUUAGAUCUUUAACCUCAAAAAGAUGUGACCCACUUCUUUCCAAAGUUAAAGGGUUCAAGCCAAAAUUAUACAGGAGACAGACUAAAUAAUCUUAUUAUAUUUUAAUAUGCUGUAGUUAAAUAAAGCAACACUACAAACUGCUCACAUAAGUUGUUUAAAAACAUGUUUCACACAGUGUAAAUGAAAAUCAAAUAUAAGCUUUAAAAGUAGAAUUUAAUGUGAGUUUGUAUUAGAUUGCUGCGUAUGUCCAAAAUCCAACUGAGAAUGUCUUUUUUUUUUUUUUUUUUGACUUUGCUAGAACUGUCUUCUUUUUUUUCUUCCAGCGUAUCAUAGAUGACAGAUUUUAAUUGCUCUUUAUUUUCUUAGGACAAAAUAGUUUUAAGUAACCAAAUGAAAUAAUAACAGAAAUGUCAGUCUGCAUUAUUUCACAUUUGUUUCAUUUUGUUUACAGAGAGAAUCUACUUUUCUAUAUAUUAUUUACAAAGAAUUAACUAUGUAAUUUCCAUCAUUUCAUAAAUGCCUGUCGGUUUCCAGUAGCAUGCUCUUUUGUUAUACUACACAAGAGACAGCUUGUAGUGCAGUCUGUCUGAUUUGAGUGUCUUUUUUUUUUUUUCAACGUGGUGUUCAGUGAUGGAAGCUGUGAAGCAGCUUGAUUUGAUAAAACAUUCUCUGAGUAUUUUGUUGUCUGUCUGGUUCACAGAUUGGCACAGUUGUCAUUGUCACUGCAUCAGUGAGGAAGCAAGAUUUCUGUUUGUGAAACUGUCUUAUGGCACAAUUGAGGCAGAGGCACUGGAAAAUAAAUGAUGUGAUACUUUCCUACUUUGCACAAAACACAUCUUUUAAAGUGAACAAAUUCAGAUUUUUUGACAAGGCUUUGCCAAAAUAUACCAACAAGUAUUUUACUACAGUGUACACAAGUCUACUGUUUGUUAUCAUCUUUGACGUGCUUCCAGCCAUUGUACACCAACAUGAGUUUGAACUAACUUUCUUUUACAGAACAUUUUUAUUAAUUGUAUUAGCAGAGUCCUAAUAAAAAUCCAGUGAUGCAAAUGCAGUUUGUUGUUGUGCGCUUGAUAUUAAUAUACAUCACCUGUCACACCAGUCUGCCAGUAUAAUUCAUUUUAUACUGAUAUUUUAGCACCACAAUGUGCUAAAUCUCCCUAAUUGCUGGUCUGGCCCCUCAGUCAUGGAAUCAAAUGUAGUGUCAUCUUUUAAAUCUCUUCUUACACGACUAAUUUGCACAAUGCGGCACACUGUCCUUUUAUUCCCAGUCCUCACAGUCUAUUGAAUUGCAACACUUUCUUUCAUAAAACUUUUCAUGCUUGGCAAUAAAAUGGAUUCUGAUUCAAAA